UACAAUGGAAUUAUUGAAGAAAUCAAGAAAUAAUAGAGGAAUAUACGUUUCAGGUACUGUAUAUCAAGUUCACCCAAUCAGAGAUCUGAGUCGUUUAAUCACAAUUACCGGCACAUCAAACACCUAUCAACAGAUGAUAGAAGCGAUUUCUCCUUUGUAAAAUAUAUGGAGUGUGUUGAUGUGCGAAGAAUAUCAUGUUGCAGUGCCUAGAGGGAUAUAAGCAUCUGUUUGCUGUCCUGCUGGGGUGUUGUGAUAAUCAACGAGAGGGCCCUGUAGAUCCAGAACUUCUUGCGAGGGUGACAGUUUUUAGUGUAAGUGAAAUUGAAGCUUUAUAUGAGCUAUUUAAGAAGAUCAGCAGUGCUGUAAUUGAUGAUGGGCUGAUCAACAAGGAAGAGUUUCAGUUGGCUUUAUUCAAGACAAACAAAAAGGAAAGCUUAUUUGCUGAUCGGGUGUUUGAUUUGUUUGACACAAAACACAAUGGAAUAUUAGGUUUUGAGGAGUUUGCACGUGCUCUGUCAGUCUUUCACCCCAAUGCACCAAUUGAUGAUAAGAUUGAAUUUUCUUUUCAACUAUACGACCUCAAACAGCAAGGAUUCAUUGAGAGACAAGAGGUGAAGCAAAUGGUAGUGGCUACACUUGCUGAAUCUGGCAUGAAUCUUUCAGAUGAUGUAAUAGAAAGUAUCAUUGACAAGACCUUUGAGGAGGCUGAUACAAAACAUGAUGGCAAAAUUGACAAGGAAGAGUGGCGUAGUCUUGUUUUGCGACAUCCAUCUCUCUUGAAGAAUAUGACUCUUCAAUACCUCAAGGACAUAACUACUACAUUCCCGAGUUUUGUGUUUCACUCACAGGUUGACGAUACCUGAGGUUUUGAAUCCACUUUUAACUUUAGAAGUCUUUAUUGAGGAUGGGUUGUACCUUUCUCGACAACAACAGUGUGGACCUCCUGAGAUCAGAGGGUCCAGAAGAAAGCUGGCAGUUCAUACUGUUUAUUGUUAGGGGCAAUGGUUUGUGUUAUUUUUCUAUGUUCAAACUCCAAACAUUCUUUACUACUUUCAGAGACAUGGUUUUUGGCUUGAAUUA